AAAAAGCAAACCCCAACAAACUCCUUUCUCUACCAUCGCCUCAUCUCCACCACGAAACCUCCGAAUCUGCAUCAAUGUUGAGCCUGUGGCGAGCGGCGAUGAGCGCCAGCGAGGCAAAUGGCGACGACUACGACGGCGUCGAGUUUUGGGGCAUGGCAGAGCACGCCGGGUUGCUCACGAAGCAGGGUGAAUACAUCAAAACCUGGCGGCGCCGGUGGUUCAUCCUGAAGCAAGGGAAACUGUUCUGGUUCAAGGAAUCGAACGUGACACGUGCCUCCUGCCCCCGCGGCAUCAUCCCCUUGGGUGAUCGCCUGACCGCGCUCAAUCGCCAAUUCGCCUUGGAAUUGUCCACUCGGGAUGAAACCAUGUAUUUCAUCGCGGAUACGGACAAGGAGGAGGAGGAUUGGAUCAAUUCCAUCGGGCGAUCCAUUGUUCAGAACUCGAGGUCACUUACCGACGACGAGAUCCUUGACUAUGAUAGCCGGAAAUAGAUUCAAUGAAGUAGCACCUAUUUUGAUUUAUUGAUAUGUUCCGAGAUUGGUCUGUGUAAUUUGUUUAUUAUACAUUGCUUUCUCACAA